CUGCCUACCAAAGCCAAAUGCUUGAAGAGAGAGAGAGGAGCCAGCCAUGAAUCCCUUCCAGAAAAAUGAUUCCAAGGAAACUCUUUUUUUACCUGUCUCCACUGAAGAGGUACCACCUCGACCCCCCAGCUUUCCAAAGCAGCCAUCUCCGAAAAUCUGUGGCUCCAACUAUCCACUGAGUAUUGUCUUCAUUGUGGUGAAUGAAUUCUGUGAGCGCUUUUCCUAUUAUGGCAUGAAAGCUGUGCUGACCCUGUAUUUCCUGUAUUUCCUGCAUUGGAGUGAAAACACUUCCACAUCUGUGUACCAUGCCUUCAGCAGCCUCUGUUACUUCACUCCCAUCCUGGGAGCAGCCAUUGCUGACUCAUGGUUGGGAAAAUUCAAGACAAUCAUCUAUCUCUCCUUGGUGUAUGUGCUUGGCCAUGUGAUCAAGUCCAUGGGUGCCUUACCAAUACUGGGGGGACAAAUGUUACACACAGUCCUGUCAAUGGUUGGCCUGAGUCUAAUAGCUUUGGGGACAGGAGGUAUCAAACCCUGUGUGGCAGCUUUUGGUGGAGACCAAUUUGAAGAAAAACAUGCAGAGGAACGGACUAGAUACUUCUCAGUCUUCUACCUCUCCAUCAAUGCAGGGAGCUUGAUUUCUACAUUUGUCACACCCAUGCUGAGAGGAGAUGUACAGUGUUUUGGGAAGGACUGCUAUGCAUUGGCUUUUGGAGUUCCAGGAUUGCUUAUGCUGAUAGCUCUUGUUGUGUUUGCAAUGGGAAGUAAACUAUACAGAAAACCACCUCCUGAAGGAAACAUACUGAAUCAAGUGGUCAAAUGUAUCUGGUUUGCCAUUUCCAGCCAUUUCAAGAACCAUUCUGGGGACAAUCCCAAGCAAGAGCACUGGCUGGACUGGGCAGCUGAGAAAUACCCAAAGCAGCUCAUAAUGGACGUGAAGGCACUGACCAGGGUACUAUUCCUUUAUAUUCCAUUGCCCAUGUUCUGGGCACUUUUGGAUCAGCAGGGCUCACGAUGGACCUUGCAAGCCACCAGGAUGAAUGGGAAUUUGGGUUUCUUUGUGCUUCAGCCUGAUCAGAUGCAGGUGCUAAAUCCCUUUUUGGUUCUUGUCUUCAUACCAUUGUUUGACCUUGUCAUUUAUCGUCUGGUCUCUAAGUGUGGCAUUAACUUCACAUCACUUAGGAAAAUGGCUGUUGGCAUGAUCCUAGCAUGCCUGGCUUUUGCAGUUGCUGCUGCUGUAGAGAUAAAAAUUAAUGAAAUGGCCCCACACCAGCCAGAUUCCCAAGAGAUUUUCCUACAAGUCUUAAAUCUGGCAGAUGAUGAGGUGAAGGUAACAGUGCUCGGCGAUGAAAAUAAUACUCUGUUGGCAGAGUCCAUCAAAUCUUUUCAGAAUAUGCCACACUAUUCCAAACUCCACUUGAAGACAAAAAGCCAGAAUUUCCACUUCCAAUUGAAAUAUCACAAUGUGUCUGUAUACACUGAGCAUUCUGUGGAGGAGAAAAUAUGGUACACCCUCAUCAUUCGAGAAGAUGGGGAAAGUAUUUCUAGCAUGAUGGUGAAGGAUGAAGAAAACAAAACAACCAAUGGGAUGAUAGCCAUGAGGUUUGUUAACACUUUGCAUGAAGAGGUCAAUGUCUCCCUGGGUACAGAUGCAUCCCUAAUUGUUGAUGAAGACUAUGGUGUGUCUGCUUACAGAACUGUGCAAAGAGGAGAAUAUCCUGCAGUGCACUGUAGAACAAAGAAUGAAGAUUUUUCGCUGAAUUUGGGCCUACUAGACUUUGGUGCAAUUUAUCUGUUUGUUAUUACUAAUAGAACCAAUCAGGGUCCUCAGGCCUGGAAGAUGGAAUACAUCCCAGCCAACAAAAUGUCCAUCGCAUGGCAGCUACCACAAUAUGCUCUUGUUACAGCUGGGGAGGUCAUGUUCUCUGUCACAGGACUUGAGUUUUCUUAUUCUCAGGCUCCCUCUAGCAUGAAGUCUGUACUCCAGGCGGCCUGGUUGUUGACAGUUGCAUUUGGGAAUAUCAUUGUGCUUAUUGUGGCACAGUUCAGUGGCCUGGCUCAAUGGGCCGAAUUCAUUUUGUUUUCCUGCCUCUUGCUGGUGGUCUGCCUGAUCUUCUCCAUCAUGGGAUACUACUAUGUUCCUUUAAAGCCAGGGGAUAUUCAGGGGUCAACAGAUAAGCAGACCCCCCAAAUCCAAGGAAAUAUGAUCAACCUGGAAACCAAGAAGACAAGGCUCUAAUGGUUCCCUAGACUCUGCCCAGACCCCAGUUCCUGACUCUGGUCUUGGCCAUCACCAUCUUCAAGCAUUUUUCACUCCAGCUUGGUUGGAAGAGAGAAAUAGCAUCAUAUCCAAGUUGAUUGCCUCUACUUUUCUCCCAUGAUAGAGGCAGGACUAGGUUUUUCAGUGCAUUACAGGAAGGCCCCUGAAACUCUAUGUCUUCCCAUCUGUCAGUGAACUCAGUAAACAGUGUGUAGCAUUGCUGAAGCUGACCUGCUGUCUCCAAAAACACAAAUGUAUAAUUGAGAUUGGUCUCUGCGGUUAUCAAAGUUAUGUAGGAAUUCUUUUACCUGCUAUUUAGAACUGAUUGUCCCACUCUCUGAAGUGCUGAUUCAGGGGCAAAAUUGCAGAAUUAACAGAGAAAUGGUAUUUUAAUGUUCUUCAUUAGCAGUGUAAUUGUACUGUUUACAAGGACUUCAAGAAUUGGUAUGUCUAGUGUGAUCCGGUCCAGGACCUGCUUUGUCAGCUACCUAGGUCUGAUAAGACCUUAGUAAAUUUUUCAGUAUAGAUAGUAGGAGAAAAAUUAAAUUUUACUAACACAUAGGAGAUGAUAUAUCUUUCUGAUAAUUAGUCUUUUACCUACUAACCCAAAUGCCCUUUCUCAGUACUGAUACAUCCUUGGAAACCAAAUUAAAGAGAAUAAACAUGGUUCUGGAAAACAGAACAAGUAUAAA